AUGGCCUCUCAAACUGGUUUGAUUCAUGCUAAUCGUGUCUCUCGCACUUUCUUCGCAGAAACAAUCUUCACUUUCGCCCUUCUUUCUGCCUCUCAGCCUCCUGUGGAUGUUCCCCUUCUUUCUGAUCUUCCCCUUCUUUCUUGUCCCACUCCUCCUGCCAGUUGUCCUGUUCGCUUUUUCAGGAAUCCUUUCAUUAAGCCUACAAAGGAUUCAAGACACCCCAGCCCAAGCUCAACAAGUGCCAGAGAUGUUGAUUUUACACAUGGGAAAACUGGAGCAGUGGAGGAUAACAGUGUCUUCAAGAUUGUGCAAACUGUCGAAAUGAAGCCUGCAGCUGCUUCUGCCAGCAGAUGGUCAGAUGAGUCUGUACCACCCAACAAGAAAUUGCCCACCCCCAUCUCACUGCUUAUCCCUCUACAAAAACAAAUUCUACUGCCCCCUUCCUCCACCCAGAGUUAUCCACUGAGUUUGGAUCCACAGAAUCACCAAUUCGAAAUAGCAGACAUAACACCAUCUGUGGUGAUUGACCAACAACCUUGCCUUGUCUCUCCCCAAUGUUCAGUUACGGUCCUUGUUGCAAGUGAUGCUAAGUGCCACCUUCAAUCAAAUUUGCAUGCCCUGGAGAGGCUUCUCACAGACUUUGGGGUGCAAAGGGACUUAUGGAUGGCCCAGGUUGGGUUUGAUGAAGAGCUGCUCUGUGGUGGCAGUGGCUAUGUUCAAGAAGUAUUGAUUACUAUCCUGGAAGACCUCAAUAUUGAAGGUGACUACUCAGUCAUACAACAAAUUGGCAAGAUCUUGUCACCUUUCCCUGGGGUUGUCCGAAUGCCACAGUGUUUCUUUCGAACACCAGUCUUUAAACAUGAUGGCACAGUUUGGGAAACUUACAACGAUUUUGUUCGAGAUCAUGUCAACACCCUUGAUUCAUUCGAGUAUGACAGCAUGAGACGUCUUUAUAUGGCAACUUCCCAAGAGGUUGAAGAGCCAGCAGCCGAUCAGGAGAAAGGAUCAUCAAAGGAGAAAGAGUCAUCAAAAACUGAGGGCAAUAGUACAGCAACCACUUCUAACAGCAGUUCUGCUCAUACAACUGGUGGUCGAAACCGUAGCAAAAAGGCAAAGGGUAAAACACCAGAGGAUCCUGAGCAGGAAAAUUCCAGCGACGAUUCCGAUGACUCCCAUGAUCAGGACCCACAUGCAGGGACAAGUCCAAGGCAUAGGCCUCGCAUCCAAUUUGAGAUUAUCACCGAGAUUAUGGGUCAAUCUCUACGUGAAACUUUAAAGAUAGCUGGUGCUUUCACAUUUCAGGUGGAACCAAAAUCAGACAAAAACCCUUGUUCCACAUCAAAUGUCGAGUUCUUGAGCGUUGAUCUUCAAGGGCCAGAUACUGGCAUUCAGCGACACUACGACCUCCAAUAUGUGAUGAUCUGUGUUGACAGUCAUGAUCCUUCCUCCUAUUCAACUGUUCAACAACCCCUCGACACACCACUGUUUGCAGACAAAAUCAAGGAAGGGAAAAACAAUAAGGGAAUUGCCCAGAGCUCAAAGUCUGCUGGUCUUCAAGCUUCUGUCAAAAAUCUCUUUGGAUUUAACUGUUCCUAUAGUCACAACAAUGGCACUGAGGUGGCGACAACUUCUGAACGGACGAGAUUCCGGAAGCAGAUAAGAAAAUGGAAUGAAGAAAACAUCGUCAAAUUGACAUACUUUGGAAGCAACAAGGAAUCCCUUGGUAGCUUGAACCUCCCUCCUGAUAGUUCGGAAUUGCCCAUUGUCGACUACCACCAUCCAGGUCAAAAAAAUGAAGGAACACCGCCAGAGGAAAUGACUGUCAAGCUUUCUUCCUUGUGGGUCACCAGGGCAAAGAAUGAGGGAGCAGAGGUUGGCAAUCCAGAAACUUCCAAAUUUUCUAUUUUUUCCAGAAAGAAGGUGGAGCCAGUUCCAAUUUACACAAACAUUGUUCCAUGUGUGGUGAUAGACUUCCAAACCACUCUAUUGGACUGGACCUUUGUACGGAGGAAGCUCUCACUUGCAGUUGGUGCUGACACUGCACAAAUUGAACAGGCUGGAGAGGAAGGUGCUGGAGAGGAGUGUAUCCAUUUGCUUUUGCUUUGUGGUUUAACUUUCCCAUUAUCCGGCAAGCUCUGGAAUACUUAUAUAAUGAUGGAGGAGAUUGUACUUGGUCAAUGUGCCGCUGACAUCACAAGAACACCCCGUGAAUGGGUUCUAAGUGCAAUUUGA